AUGGGUUUUCUGGGUAUUGUCAUGGAGAUACAAACAUGUGGUAAACUGAUCGAUUCGUUGUUAGAGAAGGUGCUUUGUAUGAAUAUAUUAUCCUCUGAUUAUUUCAAAGAGCUUUACCGAUUAAAGACUUACCAUGAAGUCAUUGAUGAAAUUUACAAUCAAGAUGAUCAUGUCGAACCGUGGAUGACUAGGAAUUGUCGUGGUCCUUCUACUGUAUUCUGCCUUCUUUACAAGUUUUUUACCAUGAAACUUACUAUCAAGCAAAUGCAUGGGCUACUGAAGCACCCUGAUUCUCUUUACAUUAGAGCACUGAGCUUUCCCACUUUUGUACAUUUGUUAUCAACUUAUAGUUCAUUAGUAUUGUUGUGA